AUGAUCCGACGCGCCCUAACCGCCGCCUCAUCAGCGCGCGCAUCACCCCCAAGCACAUUGACAAGCGCCUCAGCCUGCAAGCUCCAACUCACCCGGCCAUCAUGGCACCUUAGCCCCAGCACCACCCGCCUCUUCACCACCACCCCGUUCACAGCCUUCACAGCAUCACCACCAACCAAAGACCCCUCACCCUUCCGCCUCGCCGCAAAUAAACCCGACUCCUCCCCGCCCUCGUUCGAAGAUGUCUAUUACAGCCAGUACCAGCCAAAGCGCCAAUGGCCUCCGGAUAUGUCCAAGCUGUCUCCGAAACACCAGUUCCGGCUUGAGCGCAAGUACCGGCGGCGCGCGGCGCUCAAGUAUGCCCGGCCGAAGUUUACGAAGGCUGUUUUGUUGGGACAGUGGGUUGUUAUUGGAUUUGUCAUUAUCUAUGCGGUGCUAUUUAUGGAGUGGGAGUCGGAUGAUACUGCAUUCCAUGCGAUUCGGAAAAGCUUCUUUGCUGGUCUACAGACUGUAUUCUCCAGUGCACCACCUCCUGGCCCGAGAAAGGAUCAGAAGGAUAAUACAGCGUCUGAGGAGAGCUCGUAG